GUAGGCCCCGGCGCCAUGGAUCCGUUCCUGACUCUGCUGCACUCUUUCUCCUCGAGCUUUUCGGACCGUGAGCUUUCUUCCUUGAAGUUUCUCUGCGGGGGGAAGAUUGGGAAAAGGAAACUUGAGGCUGUGCAAAGUGGCGGGGGGGGGCUCCUUUUUUAGCAGCAGCUGAUUGCAAGCGACAAGGUAGAGUUUCUUGAAGGCUUGCUUAAGAACAUUAAAAGAGAAGAUUUGAUCUCGCAGCUAAAGCAGUUCGUAGAGGAAAGAGAAGUGAAUGCUCCUGAUGAUCAACCAGAGGUGCAUGAAAGACGUCUUCUGGAGGCAGCUAUUGAAGUCAUAUGUGAAAAUGUUGGGAGAGACUGGAAAAUGCUGAUACGAAAACUUGGCAUUUCUGAACCAAAACUGGACAGAAUAGUGGCAGCCAAUCCAUUUAAUUUGCAGGAACAGUUGUUUAAGUCACUUAGGGAGUGGCUGAAAUGGAAGGGAAAAGAUGCAAAGGUGACUGACUUAAUAAAAGCUCUUCGGGGCUGUAAUAUGAAUUUGGUGGCAGACAAAAUACUUGAAGAGGAGAGGCUGUUUUUUUCCUACUGUACCUGCGUGACUGUUAGCUCCUUUCGAGUUUAUUCCAUGGUGCCAUUACUACGAGGGCUGGGUGUCAGCAUAUAA